CUUCUCCAGGCCCCGUUGGGUAUCUGACUCGACCUACAUCCUCCUUCGACCCAAUUUUUAGGACAUAUCCCGUCCCACCCGAGAAUGAGCCGGAAGCUCGCCCCCGAAGCCAAUCGGAUUCUCUUUGUAAAGAACCUCAACUACAACGUCACCGCGGAGCAACUCUUUGACCUCUUCGGCAAAUUCGGACCCAUCCGUCAAAUACGUCAGGGAAUCGCGAACAACUCCAAGGGCACUGCCUUUGUUGUCUACGAAGACGUGCACGACGCCAAACAGGCAUGCGAUAAACUCAAUGGCUUCAACUUCCAGAACAGAUAUCUCGUCGUUCUAUAUCACCAGCCCGAGAAAAUGCUUAGGUCGAAAGAGGACCUGGCGGAAAGGCAAGAGAAUUUGGAGCGUCUCAAACAGCAACAUGGAAUAGAAUGACGUGAUGAUGGCUUUUGCUCGCUUUCUCUGCAUGCCCUUUGCCGGCAUCUGGCUGCGUAUUAUCCUGGGUUGGUCGUGGGGUUUCUGGCGUUUUCCUCCUAUGGGUUUCAUGGGUCUUAUUCAUUCAUGGGUAUGAAAGGGUUGCCGGCGGGUUGAAUGACACCCUGGCUUUGUCCAGGGAGAUGUUACAGAAUGGGAUAUUUCAGGCUGGGUUGACCCCCGUGCCCCGGUUAGUCAUGGCUACCAAUAUAAUCAUUUCGAUCGCCGGCCACUCUCGGCUGUGCACCCCUAUGAGAC